AUGAUUAGUGCGGCUGCUAUGCCGACAACUUCAAGUCCAAGUGAUCCACCAACCGCGGCGGUACCCGUAAAUGUUGAUUUUGCGCAAAAGAGGAAGGAAAACGGCAAAAUCCUCGAUGCAAAGCCACAAGAAAGCACUGCAAAAGUGGAUAAGUGGAAUUUGCUGAAAGUUCGCGUCGGGUUCGAUGUAACCAGAAAGGGAGAACGCAGCCUGGUGAUUGACGGCUACAAGUUCACCAAGUCGCGCGAUGGCAUGUCCGAUCGUGUGUUUUGGCGGUGUUCCCGGCGUGAGUGCAAGGCAACCGCAGUGACCGUAGGUGGACGGGUGGAACACGUCCGUAUCCUGCACACCCACCAACCGCCUACCCCUGGCGAAUUCUUCUCCACCGCUGGCGAGACUGCAGCCCACCUUGGACCCGGCGCUGUGUCACGUGACCAAACUGUGCGGCAACACGACACCGGUCGUGUUCGGCGCAGAAGCCAUCACCACCUAGGCACUGCCACCGCCACCUCGACGAACGACGCUCCAGACGUGGUGGCUGUAGCCGAAAAGACGGCUGGCGCACAUGCACGAGCUGUUGCCGCCAUCCUCUCGAAUCUCGUUGAAUGCAGCAAGACCGAACGGAAACAGCCAGAGACCAAUGAAAUGGAGACGGUCAACGGCUUCUCUCCGCCGUCUUCGGUGGAUAAGCUCCAAGACAGCAGAAUUCACACCUCGCAGGAGGUUAUCUCAGUCAAUCAGCGUCGACGAACGUUCCCACCGGUCUCCUUUGGCGCCGAUAAUGUUCGCAGUCAUUACCAACAUCCCAGCGUCGGCGACUUUGAUAGCAGAGGCCUCAAUGCUCUGGCCGACGCUGCUGUCCACCAAUCAAAACGCGACUCACAAAACUCAACUCCAGAUCCGCCAUUUGAAGCACCUGGUUCUUCUCCACCUCCUCCGCAACAGGCCCCACACCUUCCGCAGUCAACUGAACACGUCCUCUGUCCUUUCCUGACGUCUGAGAAGGAUGGGCCUCGUGUCACCGCGACCCCUGUUGGCGGACCGUUUGUCUUCCUUGGAACCCGAGAUCUCCCAACCCCUUUCCUCGUCGGCAACAGCUUCAGCGGCGCAGGGACCGCUGAUCUCUCCACGCCCGCUGCAUCUGCCACCUCAACUUCUUGCCAGAUGUCGAGUGUUGUCACUGACAGCGUCAGUGGCAUCACCGUCUCCGGACUGCCGUCCACUCCAAUGGUGAGUCUUCCUGGUUCGUCUUGCCGUCCGUCUGCGUUGCCAAGCACCGAGUACCAGGAAGUGACACCUCCAGACACCCCAAGUCAUCGUCGUCGUCGUUGUCGCAGUCAUCCCGUUGCGUCUGGACUUGCCGUCCAAAAACUCGAGCCCACUCUCUCUCUCUCUCACAUCUCCGCCGAAGUGUGCGAGGCAGUGGAGGCCUUUGUGUGUCUGCCCGCGUUUCUGGGCAAAAAUGACACUCUUUUUCCACACAGCAGAAAAAAAGACGAACGUGUCUGUUUAGCGCACAGAACUUUGUGGCGCAGUGGAUACCACCGGCUGGGUGUUACAUUCAAGCACUUGUGCCCCUUAGAUGAGCCAACUCUAGCGAGAAUCGACCUCCAGCCGGCGUUGACGUCGACUGCAGCUGGCGUGGGGAUGCUGCUGCACUGGAAGAAGGAGAAGAUGCGCGAGUCAGAGGCGGAGGAGGAGAUGAGGCAGCACCAUCUCGGACGCCAACUCACCACCGCCGCCGCCGUCGCCACCUCAAAGACCUUCCUAUCCUUUCCCAGCGAUGGCAACAAGUACUGCGACGGCGUCGAACCAGCUGUCCUUGGAAAGCGCAAACGCUGUGCCAGCGCCAGUCAGCCACCUCUUUCCACCCGUCUAUACCACUCCGGACCCCGUGGUAACGCCUUGUUUACGCAUCUUCCCCUCUUCUGGUUACCGAGGCACUUGUUGACCACCUCGAAGCAACUGGGCUGUCAUUGUGUCCAAUGA